AUGGAAGAACCGUCAAAGCUACAGUUGCCGGAGACUUUCCUUAGUUUUCUAGAGGCCAAUGGCAUUGAUCCUUCAAUCUAUAGUCACGGAGAUUCAAUUCCACGCUAUGUAAGGUUGAAACCUGGGUUCGAGGGUAUUGUCCAAGAGAUUGAAUCUGAGAUUAACUGUAAGCUGGAGAAGGUGAAGUGGUUACCUGGGUUUUACUCUAUUCCUCCACAUGUUCAUAUUGCGAGAUCCAAGGCGUAUCAGCAAGGGAAGAUGUACGGAAUCGACGCAGCUUCCGGUGCCGCUGUUUCCGCACUUGAUAUCACCCCAGGGGACCAUGUCUUGGAUCUUUGUGCUGCUCCUGGUGCCAAACUAUGUAUGAUGCUAGACCUACUGGCUGACAAGGGGACUGCAACGGGUGUCGAUGUAGCACGCCAUCGUCUUGCCGCCUGCAGAACACUUCUUCAGAAAUAUGGGGUUGGUGAAAGGAGCCGUCUUUUUCUUGCUGAUGGAACCGCUUUCUCUGUGCCACCUACCACAAACCAACCAUGUGGGCCAAGUGUGGACGAUCAUGAAGAAACAUUCAAGCAGUGGACUUCUCGUAAACCUUACAAAGAAAGGAAACAAGAAGCUAAGGCAAGGAAUAAUUCUGCUUUGCCGCAGAAUGGACAGCCAGAAAUUAUUUUCUACGGACAGAGUUCUGGAGUUAUAGGGCUAAAAAAGAAGGAACUUUAUCCUUCCCUUGACCAAAAUGAUUACGCAUAUUGUGGGUAUGACAAGGUUCUUGUGGACGCAGAGUGCACACAUGAUGGAUCAAUCAAGCAUAUCCAGAAAUUUGAGCAAUGGGGUUGGACAACGCUGGAACGCCGUGUACUGGAUGCUGAGAGAACCGAUAGAAACUUGACAGCUCUUCAGUUGAAUUUACUAAGAAAUGGAUUCAGAUUGUUGAAAGAAGGCGGUACUCUAGUUUACAGCACCUGCAGUUUGACCCUUGCCCAAAACGAAGAUGUAGUGGAUCAGUUCCUCGCUGAAAAUUCCUCUGCAGAGCUACAAGAGAUUGAAACGGCCAAGGAUUGGCCAUGUAGAAGUGGUCGUACGCCUAAAACACUGCGUUUUGAUCCUUCCACCUCAGCAACCAGCGGCCUUUUCGUUGCAAAAAUCAGGAAAUUGCCACCCAAAGAAGCAGAGAGUAAUGUGGUUUGA